AUGCUGCAGAUCACGACGCUGGGGGGCAUGACGUUCAAGAUCAACCAGGUCCAGAAUAAGAAGUACUACGGCGCGCGGAAGGGCAGGGGCGCCAUGGCUAUCGCGAGAGCUUAUUCCAAGUACGGCGCUGCGGUCUCGGACGAUUUGCUGUCUUCCAUAGAGGAAGUGCUGAAGGAGCUCGGUCUUUUGGGGAAUACGGGAGCUUCGAAUAGCACGGCUAAUGAUCCUAAAGGCGAGGUGGCGGCGCUUCCGCAGAUGUUCGAUUCCGAAUACUUAUGCCCGGUCUCUAUUGGCACCCCACCGCAAACCUUGCAGUUGGACUUCGAUACCGGUUCAUCUGAUUUGUGGGUGUUCAGCUCCGAGACGCCGAAAAAUCAGGUUAUGGGUCAGACUGCUUGGAAUAUCCAGCAAAGUUCAACCGCGAAGUUACAGACAGGAGAGACAUGGUCGAUCAGCUAUGGCGAUGGUAGCAGCUCUAGUGGUAAUGUUUACUUGGAUAAGGUGUCUGUAGGCGGAGUCACCGUCCAGAACCAGGCAGUUGAAUCUGCGAAGAACGUCUCCUUGUCGUUCACGCAAAGACCCGAUACCGAUGGUCUUCUCGGGCUGGCUUUCGGCACCAUCAACACGGUCAGGCCUACGAAGCAGAAGACUUUCUUCGAGAGUGCGACGAACGAGCUUGCGUCGCCUCUUUUCACGGCGAAUUUGAAGAAAGAAGCCCCGGGCAACUAUAACUUCGGUUUCAUCGAUAACACCGAGUUCACCGGAGAUAUCAGUUUCGUGCCCGUCAACACAUCAGCUGGCUUCUGGCAAUUCACGGGGGCCGGCUACAAGAUCGGUAACUCAGCCGCCGUCUCUUUGCCGCACCAAGCUAUCGCCGACACGGGAACCACGCUUCUUCUUGUCCCUGCCCAGAUUGCCGCCGCGUACUACGCCCAGGUCCCAGGGUCGGCCAACAACGCGGCGGCUGGUGGAUACACCUUCCCGUGUUCUGCUACGCUGCCCGAUUAUACGGCUGUCAUCGGAAACUACCAGGGCGUGAUUCCGGGUGAUUUCAUGAAGUUCUCGCCUGUCGAUGGUAACUCGUUCGCAACGGCUACUACGUGCUUUGGCGGUAUCCAGGCUUCGCCUGCGGGUUUUCCUUUCGCUAUCUACGGAGACAUUUUCCUGAAGGCGCAGUUCGUCGUGUUUCACGGUGGGAACCAGCAGCUUGGAUUUGCUGCUAAGCCCCUAUAA